AUGGUGUCCUUACCUUUAUGGUGUUCAUAUAGUUGUGUUCACCGAUCGCAACAGUCUUCAACUGGUAUUCGUAACAAAGAGCUUAAUCUCAAACAGAGGACGUGUUUAAAGUUACUCAACGACUAUGACAUAAGUAUUCUACAUCACUCAUAUAAGGCUAAUGUUGGUGUUGAUACUUUGAGCAGAUUGUCAAAGGGUAGUACCGCUAAUAUUGAGGAAGAAAGAAAAGAAUUAUCCAAGGAUGUGCACAGACUUAAACAUUUGGGAGUCCAUUUGUACGAUUCCAAUGAAGUUGGAGUAGUUGGGAUGAAUGGGGCUGAAUCUUCAUUAGUGUCUGAAGUGAAAGAGAAACAAGACCAAGAUCCUAUUUUGCUUGAAUUGAAGGCAAAUGUUUAUAAGAAAAAAGUUAUGGCUUUUGAACAAGUGGUAGGUGGUGUAUUGAGGUAUCAAAGAAUAUUGUGUGUACCAAGGGUGGAUGAACUCCAACAGAGGAUCAUGGGAAAAGUUGUAGCUCUAGAUAUUCUAUCCAUCUAG